ACGGAGCGAGCGGCUGUUGGAGGAAGGAGGUGGGGGGGUCGGGAGCGCAAAUGGCGUUGAGAUGGUUCAGGGCCCUGUUCAAACUCCAGCGCUGACCAUUCACCGGCGGAGACGGCGACGCAGGAGAAGGUGGCGGUCCCACGGGAGCACGUAGCAAGCUCGGCCCCGGCCCCAGACGCUGCGAUCAGGGAGGCCUAAGCCCGGCCCGGCCGGCGGCGCUCGAAGCCGGGAGGGAAGUUGCGGGGCCGCCGCUCCCUCCUUCCCCCCCUCGCCCGCCGGGCUUCCUAUUUACCCCAGCGGGGACGCGGGUUGUGACGGUGGCGGAGCCCCGGCCUCCCUAGGCGCGCCGGUCGGCCCUCUUGUCCCGCGCGGGGCUCCCGCGUUCGCCCGUGGGCUGUCGGGAGCGGGAGAGGCGGAGGCGGCCCGAGGCCAGAGCACCCGCCAGGCGCCGAGGGGAAUAUGAAACAGGUGUAAAAAUGACAUCCCGAUUUGGAAAAACAUAUAGUAGGAAAGGAGGCAAUGGCAGUUCCAAAUUUGAUGAAGUCUUUUCCAACAAACGGACCACCCUUAGCACAAAAUGGGGAGAAACCACAUUUAUGGCUAAAUUAGGGCAGAAGCGGCCCAAUUUCAAACCAGAUGUCCAAGAAAUUCCGAAGAAACCUAAAGUAGAAGAAGAAAAUACUGGAGAUCCUUUUGGAUUUGAUAGUGAUGAUGAGUCUCUACCAGUUUCUUCAAAGAAUUUAGUUCAGGGUAAGAGUUCCUCUUUUUCGGACUCUGGUGAAGCUGCUCAGCUGGAAGAAGUCACUUCUGAACUUGAAACCAACAGCAAAAUUAGUAGUGUGGUGAGUGAAGACAGUGCUGUUUCCCAUAAAAGCUUACCUUUGGAGGAUGCUGUGCUUGGCAAAGAAAAAAGCACCAACAGAACCCUAGAAGAUAGUACAAGCAAAAGUAGCUGUGCUAAAUUAAUGGUUUCAGAUACAAUGGAGAAUUUUAGUGAUGACCUUGAAAAAAAUAGCCACCAUUUUCACAAAAAUGCUGAAGACAAUGCUAAGAAACCCACCAUAGAAAUCACAGUGGCUUCUGGAUAUAAAGCUGAUGACAUCAAGGAAACAAAUGAUACUUGGAACUCCCAGUUUGAAAAAGGAUCAGAAUCUCCAUCUGAAAUAUCUGCAAUCAAAGGCUCUGUUAGAACUGGUCUAUAUGAAUGGGAGAAUGAUUAUGAAGAUAUCAGAUCAGAUGGUUGUAUUUUAAGUUUGGAUAGUGAUCCUCUUUUGGAGAUGAAAGAUGAGGAUUUAAAAAAUCGUUUGGAAGAUACAAAUGAAGCCAUGGAGGAUGACAUUGUGCAAAGUGUUCUUAGGCCAAGCAACUGUAGGACGUAUUGUAGGGCCAAUAAGUCAAAAUCCUCACAAGGAGCUUCCAACUUUGAUAAGCUAAUGGAUGGUACCAGUCAGGCCUUAGCCAAAGUAAACAGUGAAUCCAAUAAAGAUGGCCUGAAUCAGGCAAAGAAAGGUGGUGGUGUAAGUUGUGGGACCAGUUUUAGAGGGACUGUUGGAAGGACUAGAGAUUAUACUGUUUUACAUCCAUCUUGCUUGUCUGUGUGUAAUGUUACCAUACAGGAUACCAUGGAACGCAGCAUGGAUGAAUUUACCUCAUCUACUCCUGCAGAUUUAGGUGAGGCUGGCCGUCUCAGAAAAAAGGCUGAUAUUGCAACUUCUAAGACCACUACUAGGUUCCGACCUAGUAACACAAAAUCCAAAAAGGAUGUUAAACUUGAAUUCUUUGGUUUUGAAGAUCAUGAUGAGACAGGAGGUGAUGAAGGAGGUUCUGGAAGUUCUAAUUACAAAAUUAAGUACUUUGGCUUUGAUGACCUCAGUGAAAGUGAAGAUGAUGAUGAAGACUGUCAAGUGGAACGAAAAACCAGCAAAAAAAGAACUAAAACAACUCCAUCACCCUCCUUACAGCCUCCUCCUGUAAACAAUGAUAAUUCCCAGGACAGUCAGACUAGUGCUAAUAAUUCAGAAAACUUGGAUUUUACAGAGGACUUGCCUGGUGUGCCUGAAAGUGUGAAGAAGCCCACAAAUAAACAAGGAGAUAAAUCAAAGGAAAAUACCAGAAAGAUUUUCAGUGGCCCCAAACGGUCGCCUACAAAAGCUGUAUAUAAUGCCAGGCAUUGGAACCAUCCAGACUCAGAAGAAAUACCUGGACCACCAGUAGUAAAACCUCAGAGUGUCCCAGUGAGGCUGUCUUCAAAGGAACCAAAUCAAAAAGAUGAUGGAGUUUUUAAGGCUCCUGCACCACCACUCAAAGUGAUAAAAACUGUGACAAUUCCUACUCAGCCCUACCAAGAUAUAGUUACUGCCCUGAAAUGCAGAAAAGAAGACAAAGAAUUAUAUACUGUUGUUCAGCAUGUGAAGCACUUCAAUGAUGUGGUGGAAUUUGGUGAAAAUCAAGAGUUCACUGAUGACAUUGAGUAUUUGUUAAGUGGCUUAAAGAGCACUCAGCCUCUAAACACACGUUGCCUUAGUGUUAUUAGCUUGGCUACUAAAUGUGCCAUGCCCAGUUUUCGAAUGCACCUGAGAGCACAUGGAAUGGUUGCAAUGGUCUUUAAAACCUUGGAUGAUUCACAGCACCAUCAGAAUCUGUCCCUCUGUACAGCUGCCCUCAUGUACAUAUUGAGUAGAGAUCGUUUGAACAUGGAUCUUGACCGAGCUAGCCUAGAUCUGAUGAUUCGACUUUUGGAACUGGAACAGGAUGCUUCAUCAGCUAAGCUACUGAAUGAAAAAGACAUGAACAAAAUUAAAGAAAAAAUUCGAAGACUCUGCGAAACUGUACACAACAAGCAUCUUGAUCUAGAAAAUAUAACGACUGGCCAUUUAGCUAUGGAGACAUUGUUGUCCCUUACUUCUAAACGAGCAGGAGACUGGUUUAAAGAAGAACUCAGGCUUUUGGGUGGUCUGGAUCAUAUUGUAGAUAAAGUAAAAGAAUGUGUGGAUCAUUUAAGUAGAGAUGAGGAUGAAGAGAAACUAGUAGCUUCAUUAUGGGGAGCAGAGAGAUGUUUACGAGUUUUAGAAAGUGUAACAGUGCAUAAUCCAGAGAAUCAAAGCUACUUGAUAGCAUAUAAAGAUUCACAACUCAUUAUUUCAUCAGCUAAAGCAUUACAGCAUUGUGAAGAAUUAAUCCAGCAAUAUAACCGUGCUGAGAACAGUAUAUGCAUAGCUGACAGUAAGCCUCCCCUUCACCAGAAUGUAACUAAUCAUGUAGGCAAAGCAGUAGAGGAUUGCAUGAGAGCCAUCAUUGGAGUGUUGCUCAACUUAACUAACGACAAUGAAUGGGGCAGCACCAAAACAGGAGAGCAGGAUGGCCUCAUAGGCACGGCAAUGAACUGCGUGCUUCAGGUUCCAAAGUACUUACCUCAGGAGCAGAGGUUCGAUAUCCGAGUGCUGGGCUUGGGCCUUCUGAUAAAUCUGGUGGAAUACAGCGCUCGGAAUCGACACUGUCUCGUCAACAUGGAAACCUCCUGUUCUUUUGAUUCUUCCUUUUGUAGUGGAGAAGGACAUGAUAGUUUAAGGAUAGCUGGACAAGUUCAUGCGGUUCAGGCUUUAGUGCAGUUAUUCCUUGAGCGAGAGCAUGCGGCCCAGUUGGCAGAGAGUAAAACAGAUGAGUUGAUCAAAGAUGCUCCCACCACUCAGCAUGAUAAGAGUGGAGAGUGGCAAGAGACCAGUGGAGAAAUACAGUGGGUGUCAACGGAGAAGACUGAUGGGGCUGAAGAGAAACAGAAGAAAGAAGAUGACGAUGAAGAACUCGACCUCAAUAAAGCCCUUCAGCAUGCUGGGAAACACAUGGAAGAUUGCAUUGUGGCCUCCUACACGGCCUUACUUCUUGGGUGUCUCUGUCAGGAAAGUCCAAUCAAUGUGACCACUGUGCGGGAAUACCUGCCAGAGGGAGACUUCUCAAUAAUGACAGAAAUGCUCAAAAAAUUCCUAAGCUUCAUGAAUCUCACUUGUGCUGUUGGAACAACGGGCCAGAAAUCCAUCUCUAGAGUGAUUGAAUAUUUGGAACAUUGCUAGCUGCUUUACCUUUGCUUCAGGUGCUCGGUAAUGCUGGAGUUAGCCUUAGACAAAGAGAAAUUAUGAAAGAACUCCUUGAAGAUAUACCAAGAACAUUCAUCAGUAUCAUUCGUGUUUAGAUUUUUAAGACCACCUGAUUUCUUCAUGCAUUCUGCAUUUGCUAAGUGACAGUUACUACAUCAAUCUGCAACUAUCAAAAAUGAGGGAAAAGGUUCAGGCUGUUAACAAUCUCGUGCAGUAUUUAAAUACCCUUACUGGGCAGAGUUUAUGCCCUCCCCUUCUUGCUUAACUCUGGGCAGGUGUCACGGGGGUAUUGUGCUGCUGUUAGUGCAACUGCUGUGUAUGUUGAGCCACUGUUGUCAUGCCAGCCAGGUGCAAAGGCAGCUUAGCUACUGAGGUAUUGAAUGUUCUCAGGACAUUCUAGACAACAGCUUAGUUCCUUUUUCAGGCUCAUUUGCUUUUGCUUUUUUGUUUUGUUUUGUUUUGUUGAAUGAUUACAAUCGUAAAUAAAGCUUUUAAUAAUUUUGUGAUUUU